AUGCCUUCAGACUACACAACGACGGGCGGCGGCCUCAAGCUGAAAGGCGCAGGCGUCGAUAAAAAGAAGAAAAAGAAGCGACCCAAGUCCACCGAAGCCGGCGAGUCUUCCGCGAACGAAGCUGUUAAGCGCACAUCGAAUCCUGAAGACCUCAAGUCGCCAGGUCGCUCGGUGUCGCCAGACGCCGCCGAACAAGCGAUCAAGGAGAGUGGUGGGAGAAAGAAGACAGACGCUGAGAAAAAACAUGAAGAGUACAGGAGGAAGAGGUUGGAGGAGAAGAUGAGGCGCGAGGGCGUCAAGACGCACAAGGAAAAGGUGGAGGAGUUGAACAAGUAUCUGAGCGGACUGAGCGAGCACCACGACAUGCCGAAGAUCGGACCUGGCUAA